UCGUCUCACGUUUUAAAGCCUCUACUUAUCCCGAACGAAACCAGUAAAGGGUACACCGCCUUGGGUGUUGAUGGGGUAGAUGUCCUCCAAGAAGGGCUACUUUGCUUAUAUCAGAUUCCUGAUGAUGGUUGUCGGAAUUUGGCGGAUAGAACAUUGGGGCAGCCGGUCCAACACUGGGAAAGUGGUCUACAAGGCAUAUUCCGUAACCUUUCAGUUGAUUUGUUGGUCGGCGAUGGUUUCAUUGGCGGUUGAGCUGCCCGAGCUGAUCCGCACGGAUACGGUCGCUGCGAUGGACAACGUCGGCAGGUUCAUAAUCCUGGGCGUCAUAAUUUUCAAAAUGGUCAUGUGCCAGUCGGAACGGGUGUUGAAGCUGCUGAGGCUGGCGUUGGCCCAAGACGCUCAAAUUUUGACCGAGACUAACGCUGCAGUCAAGAUGAUCUACGAACGGCACGUCAGUUACGACAACAAAUUCGUAUCGCUGCUUGUGACAUCGGCAACUUGCAUGGGUGUGUGCGUUUCGAUUCUGGGUGACGUCAAAUGCUACGAGUUUUUAAAGCGCGCAGAGAAUCGCAACGUUUCGGACAAGCCUGUGAGUUCACGUUACUGGUACCCGUUCGACAGGGACGACCACUACGCGUUGGUAAUGGUGGACCAGAACCUGCGACCCACCCUGGCGUGUCUGUGCAUGGGUGUGGUGAGUGCGUUUGUAAACUGCGUCGUCGUUUUCCUGAGGUUGCAGCUGAAACUGCUGCAGUACGACUUCAGACACGUCGGGAAAUUUGACGAAAAGUUGAAGACGGCGUCGGCAGAACGUACGGUGAAAAUGCUCUGCCUGAAGCAUCAACGUCUCAUAGAAUACGUGGGAGAGUUCAACUACUCCUUAAAAGACAUCAUCUUUCUGGAAUACAUGGUAACGUCCGUUUCAUUCGCAACUCUCACCGUUCAAAUCAUCGCGGGACAGCAAGUAAUCUUCAACCUCACAGUUUUAAUGUUCACUAUCGUGCAGCUGCUCACGUUCGCUUGGAAUUCGAACGAGAUCAUCGCCCAGAGCUUGGAACUCUCUUUCGCGCUGUAUGAGAGUCGCUGGUACGAACAAACGUCGGCUACCAAGACCCUUAUCCACAUCAUGAUGAUGCGGUGUCAGAAAUGCCUGUGCCUGAAAAUUGGUGUGCUCGGAGCUAUGGAUUUGAGCGCCGGUAUUUCGGUAGGUCUGAUAAAAGUUGAUUGCAAAUAUAGCUCUGUAUUAUGUAUACCCAGUAAUAGGGUAUUAGGAAAAAGAAUUUUGAAAAAAAAAUGAUUUAGUUUUGGUUAAUUGGUUAAUGGUUUUUAACUAUUUAACAAAUACCAACAACAACCUGUAAAGUGGACUUUUUUUUUAGUAUUAAGUUCUUUUAUUCAUAUUUUAGGUUGAUAUUAUUAGCAAUACAUCAUAGAAGUCUACACAAAAGAGGCACUAAUUAACACAACUAUAGGCACUACGCUUCUAACAAUUUAAUCAAAGGAUGUACUGAACAAACAACGCAAUUUUUCAAUUGAUUUCUAAGUUUCUUGGAAUCGGGCUACUUCAAUCAGUAUUUUAGGUUAGAGUGAACACAUCGAAGUGCGCUGUUUCUGAGUUGUCGGGUACUCAUUUGACUAUAUAACUUUUAGUUUUUGAGAACUUACUGAUUAUUGACAUCGUUAUAUUACAGUUGCUCCUGUCGCAACUAUCAACCAUACAUACACUGGAUUACAGAUUUUUUACAUUCAUGGAGGGGAGAGAAAAAAAUACUGCUGAACAGAAACCCCAUGAAGUCGUUCUAAUCGUAGAUUCAAAAAUUUCCCGUGCCAACCCAGGCCUAACUAAUAAUAUGCUCCGCCACGGGAAUUAUAAAACUUUCUGCAAUCUAAUCUAAUACGAACAAUUUAGCAUUUUACUCGUACUUUAUCUUAUGGUAAAGGUGCACCACUGCAUUUUUCCAUGUUUUAUCGGUAUAUGUCGAUGAGUCUGUAAUAUUACUAACUAAUGCAGCGUAAUAACUUAGGUGUUCCCUAUGCAGGGUUGAAAUCAUUUUAUUACAGGUAGAAUAUAAUUCUCAGUCUUGUUGUUUGUAUUGCCAGCUUUCGUAAUUGAAUAAAUUGCGCUUUGAUCACUGUUUUUGAUCAUUCAAGACAAUUCAAAAUUUUCCGCCAAAAGUGGCUUAGAACCGGCACCGCUACACAGCACGUAUUUAUCUGAAAAACGAACUACAUAUCUUUGUGAAAUUUGGUAACUUACAUUUUCUCAGAUGAAUAAUUUGUAUGGAUGACGUAAUUAGUGAAUUCUACAUAUCAGGUUUUCGUAAAAUGAUGUA